CGCGGGUCAUGUGGGAAGCAAACAAGAGAUGAUAUUGAUUUGAGAGGAGCAUCUCCUCUUUAGAAGGCUGUAGCUUCAGAACUUACAGAAAAUAAUACAAAGAAAAAUAGAUAGAAGGAAAAAAAGGCAGGGAUAGAGAGAGAAAUUUAGCUGUAAAAAGAGAGGUGGAAUUGGAAAUCAUGGUUUCUAGAAAGCAUAAGAGAGACUCACAGCACGAUAAGCUGCAGCUUCUUCGUUCAAUCACUCAUUCUCACGCAAUUAAUGAAAGAUCAAUUGUAGUAGAUGCAUCAAAGUAUAUUAAAGAGUUAAAGCUGAAAGUAGAGAGAAUGAAUAAAGACAUAGCAAGCGCAAGCGACCAGAAUUCAUGGCCUCAAGUUACAGUAGAAACCCUAGAAAAGGGGUUUUCAGUGAAUGUUCAUUCAGCAAAAAAUUGCUCUGGAUUGCUUGUUUUCUUAUUGGAAGCUUUCGAGAAGCUUGGUCUCGAUGUUCUUGAAGCUAGGGUUUCUUGUCAAGAUAGAUUUCAUUUACAGGCAUUUGGAGGAGGAGAAAAUGAAGAAGACAAAGAAAACUGCAUCGAUGCCCAAAUGGUGGAUCAAGCAAUUUCCGGUGCCAUCAAGAACUGGCAUGGAAGUAAUGAAAAAGCCUGAUCAGUGAUAUAUGCUGUUAGAUAUAUUUAUCUUUUUUUCUUAGUAUUUCCUUUGAAUUUCCUUUUCAUUAAGUUUAAUCAAAAGGAAUCAAAAGGGUUUCUAUUAUGUUAACAGACCAUCAUCGAAUUGUAAUCAAACUCAAAAACAUUUUAAGAAGGUAAUGAUAAAUCUAUAACCUUGAUGUUGUUGUGA